AUGCCAGGGGCACGAGACGCAGGAAGCGGAGGAGGACUGUUCUCGCCAGGCGUUCUCCAACAGCUGGACAAGGAAAAUGUCGUCAACACGCCAGCUCGAACGCCGGACAGGAGACGCAAGCUUGGCUCGGCAAUACGAGGUACCUCAUCAGCAGCAGCAGCAGGUGUUGGCUUCAAAGUCUUCCAGCAACAAGGGGAAGCGAGCACUCGCACGUCGGUGGCCGGGCAGGAAGCUUCGCAACUCGCCACCGACCUCUCGCGUGCAGAGUCGGAAUUGGCCAGGUUGAAGGAAGAGGCCCGUCAAGCCCGACGAGCACUGGACGAGCGGAACGAGAUGGUUGAGCAACUCAAGGCCAGCAAGGCCAACACCAAGCAGCGAUAUACAGCGCUGCUCCAGAGCCAUGAGGAGGCCAACAAGGAGCUAGAGCUGCUACGCACCCAGAAGCUCGACAGCAGCGGCGAUAGCGGCAGCGGCAUCGUGGAGCAGCUCAGAGCCACGGUCGAGAACCUCGAGACCAACAACGAGCUCCUGCGAGAGGAGCGGGGCUCGCUCCAGACGCGCCUGGCCAAGCGCGACGCGGCCGUCUCCGCCAUGAAGGCCGACCUCGCAGCCGCCACGCAACGGGACGACGCGCUGCGCCAGAAGGCCGACCGCUUGCGGGAAGAGCUCGACGCAGCAGCAGCAGCGUCGAAGGCUGGAGCGCAGGCCCAGUGGGACCUCGACAAAGAAGCCCUCGAGGCCCGCAUCGGCGAGCUCGAGACGCAAGCGGCUUCCUCGGGGAGACGGUGCGUGGAGCUGGUGGCGGAGCGCGAUCUGCUGGCGGAGGAGUCGGCGCGGCGGGAGAAGGAGCACGCGUCUACGGUGGCUUCCCUCCGGAGCGAGAUGCAGGGGUUGCAUAGGAGGACGACGGCAGACCUGGGGGACUGGAGGCAGCGGUACCGGCAGGAGGUGGGCGCGAAGAGGGCGCUGGAGGGUCAGCUCGAGCGGCUCGUCGCCGCCAGCGAGAGCGUCACCCGCGUCAUCGAGAAGCACGCCGUCCUCGAGGCCUCCCUGCAGGAGGCGUACGGGCUGCUGUCCCAGGCGGUGCUCGCGGAAGAAAGGGGAGGAGGGGGGCAGGAAGAGGAGGCGGCGAGGGUGGUUGAAGGGGUGCUCGAGCACCUGCUGGGACGUGUAUUUCAAGCUACCGCAACGAGCGGUGAUGAGGAGGAAGAAGGGGAGGACGAAGAGGGGAGAAAGGAGCGGGAGGCUGAUCGACGGCUGAGCAAGGAGGCCUCGGACAACCUGGGAGAGGAGCUAGAGAAGCUCACGGCCGACAUGGAAGCCCUUCGGAGUUUCGGUUUGGACGAGGCUCACACGUUUCUGGAGCAGGCCAAAUCGCUUGAGACCGAGCUCGAGGCUGUUCGCGAGAAGCACGCGGCGUCGGUGUCCGACCUGGAAGCCGCCCGCGCACACUCGGAGCGGGAGGUGGAGCGCCUGGCCGGCAUGCUUGAGAGGGGACAGGGGGAGCGCGAGGAGCUCAAGCUGCGCCUGGAGACCGCCGCCAACGAGCUCGUCAUCAACGUGGAGCUGUCGGAGCAGGCGAUCGCCGCCAGCGUGACCGCCGGGGAGCAGGAGGUUAAGGAGGCUGAGGCGAGGAGGGCGGCGGAGGAAGAGCGGCGGAUGCAAGAGCUGGAAGCCGACAACAAGAAGCGGAGAGAGGAGCUAGAGGCGGAGCGGCGGGCCUACGCUCAGAAGGCAGAGGCCAUGGAGGGUGAGAACCGGGCGCUGCACGAGAAGCUCGAGGGCUUGGCUACGCAGGCGUCGGCGCUCAAGGCUAAGGCGGCGGCAAGGGAGGCGACUUCUCCACCGUCGGUUUCAGUUACAGAUUGGGAGGCAAAGCAGCAAGAGCUGGAGGAGAUGGAAGCACGGCUGUCUACAGUGGUAUCGAAGAACCAAGAACUGGAGAGGAAGGUCGAAACCGUCAAAGCCGAGGGACAAGAAGCGAGCCUUGGAAGCGAAGAACGACAGGCACAGGUUGCAGCGCUAGAGGCAGAGGUGUCGCGGCUGAGGGAGAGCGUGGCGUCGGAGAGAGAGAGCGUGCUGAGAGCCAGGGAGGCCGAGUGGCUCAUGAAGAAGUAUGCCCUUCGCAACAGCACGCUCUGCGAGAAGAAGGUGAAGGACUUGCAGAGACGGCUGGCGAAGGCAACUGGUAAGGCUGCCACCGGGGACACGUGACAUCAUUUUCUUGUCUCUUGUUCGUGCAUCGUACAGUAUACUUCGAAGUUUAUAUUUUUCGUGCACAGCAGAAGGGGGGGGAGGGGCGGUGGUCAUGAAUCAGCCCCGGCAAGGUUUUCCACAAACACUGAGCGUGCUUCUGCGCUCGCCGGCAAUAAAUCGGUUGGUGUUGGUGUCUGGGCCAAACGUUUUUAGGUAUUAGGCAGUGGGAACGCGUACGUUAGGGGGCUAAUUUUGUUCGUCGAAGGCUGACCACCAAGCUUGCGUACAUGCAUGCAUACAUGGAUUGAGUCAGGCCUGUACUGUAUGUGGAACCCUGCCGUUGCUCCUCGGCUUCGUAUCUCGUGGUCUCGUGGUUUUUCGUGCUUGGUUCUCUCGUUGUUGUUGUUCUUGUU